AUGAAUCGUAUGUAUCCUUCAGUGGAACGAUUGCGAAUUCAUCUUCCAUAUAGACAAAGUGUUUUCUUUAAUGCCAAUGAAAGGGUAACAGAUGUUCUCGCAAAUGAUAGAAACUCAAUGACGAUGCUCAAAGAGUUUUUUACUAUGAACAUGUAUUAUGAAGGUGCACGCCAAUACUUAUAUCGAGAGUUUCCUGAAAGAUUCAGAUGGAUUGGCAAACAUAAGACAUGGGAGGAAAGACGGACUAACCAAAAAGUAAUUGGUAGAAUAUAUACGGUAUCUCCUUCAGAAGGAGAAAAGUUUUACUUACGUGUUCUGUUGAACCAUGUUAGAGGGCCUACAUCAUACGAGGAUUUAAGGACAGUAGAUGGCAUCUUGCAACCAACAUUUAAGAAAGCAGCUGAACAACGAGGUCUGUUAGAAGACGAUGAUAGUAUCAGACAAUGUUUACAUGAGGCUUCAAGCAUACAUAUGCCUCCAUCUUUAAGGAGAUUGUUUGUCACUAUCUUGGUUUAUUGCGAACCUCAUGGGGUACGAAGUUUAUGGGAUGAAUUUUACCAAUUUAUGAUUGAAGAUUAUGCUUCUUCAAGCACUGCAGUCAGUGCACGUAUCACAAACAGACUUUUACGAGACUUAAACGGAUUGCUGGUGGAACAUAGUAAAUCUGUUUGUGAUUAUGAUUUGCCUGAAAUGGCUGAAGAUUAUGGUGAAGAUUCGUCAAUGCCUAGGCUAAUACAGGAUGAAGUUUCAAUUAUCAUUCCUCAAGAAGACUGCGAAGCAGUUCAACACUUGAAUGAGGAUCAGACAUUUGCAUACAACGCAAUAAUAUCUGCUAUUGAGUGCAAUGACAAUGCCAUAUUUUUCGUUGAUGGUCCUGGAGGGACUGGGAAAACAUACUUAUAUCGUGCACUUUUAGCAACCUUGAGAAGCAAUGAUCAUAUUGUAUUGGCAGCAGCAACUUCUGGAAUUGCAGCAACAAUAAUGCCUGGUGGGAGAACGGCACACUCCAGGUUUAAAAUUCCACUCAAUCUUGAUGCAUCUUCUACAUGCUCUAUUAGUAAACAAUCUAAUUUAGCAGAGUUGAUACGAAGAUCAUCAGCGAUUAUUUGUGAUGAGGCACCAAUGAUGCAUAGAUUUUCAUUUGAAGCACUUGAUCGGACUUUUAAAGACAUAAUAGGUGUUGAUUUGCCAUUUGGGGGCAAAGUGAUUAUUUUUGGGGGAGAUUUCCGACAAGUUCUGCCCGUUGUCCAUAAGGGUACAAGGUCUCAGAUGGUCCAAGCCAGUCUGGUUAACUCUUCAUUUUGGAAAGAUGUGAGGAUUAUUCGUUUGCGGCAAAAUAUGAGAUCUAUCAAUGAUCCAGAGUUCUCAAAGUUUUUACUUAAUGUUGGUAAUGGAGAACAACCACAUGUGGUUGAAGACAUGAUACGAUUACCGUCGUGUAUGGCCAUGCCAUGGGAGGGUGAAGAGUCAAUCAACCGAUUAGUUAAUGAAGUUUUUCCUAAUUUGGAAUCUCAUGUAAAUGAUGCAGCCUACAUGGUUGAAAGGGCAAUAAUCACUCCAAAGAAUGAUGAUGUUGACGUGCUUAAUGAGAUGAUUAUAAACCAAUUUCCAGGGCCUGAAUGGAUCCUGUACUCUUUCGACUCAGUUGAGGAUGACACCAUAAAUAUGUACCAACAAGAAUUCUUAAAUUCAAUUUCACCUUCUGGUAUGCCCCCACAUCAGUUAACUAUAAAAAAAGGUGCUCCCAUUAUGCUUUUGAGAAAUAUUGACCCUACGAUGGGAUUGUGCAAUGGUACACGAUUGACUUGCCGUGGAUCAUAUAACAACCUUAUUGACGCAGAGAUUUUAACUGGUCAAUUUGCUGGAACUAGAGUAUUCUUACCAAGAAUAUCUCUAAAGAGUGCCGAGAGUUCUGGACUCGCUUUUGAGAUGACAAGAAAACAAUUCCCUGUAAAGUUGAGUUUUGCACUUACUAUAAAUAAAUCACAAGGGCAAACGAUACCGAAUGUUGGCAUCUACGUUCCAGAUCAUGUAUUCAGUCAUGGGCAGUUAUAUGUCGCUUUAUCACGAGGAAUUUCAGAGGCUACCACCAAAGUGUUAGUCAAAAAAGGCUCAUUUGAAGGUGAGGAAGGGGUGUUCACAACAAAUGUUGUUUAUAAAGAGAUUUUGCUUCCUUCAAGUUAA